AUGAACUCAAAGUCUGUUGUAGCUCCGAGUGUCAUCGAAUAUGACACAGAGGAACAAACGGCGCUCCGCAGAGAAGCCAACGGCCGUUAAAUUUGACCGCUCAGAUUCAGGGAUGGCGGGGGGUGUUCUCAUCUUAGGAGGAAUCGUGGCCGUCGGUGCAGUUGCGGGUGCCAUCGCUGCCCUCAGACGGAAAACUUCCAAUAAAACGGACGAUGAGUACGGCAAAAGAGGAGACGGUAAUAGUAAAAGGACGCCCCGAGAAAACGGCAACGGAGGAGGACUCCGUUCCCUUCUUCAAAUCCAUGGAAAACAAUUCAGAGGAGCAGAGGAUCCAUUAAAGAGCACUGAAUUAUCAGAAGGAGAAGAAGAGGACUACGAUGAUAACAUGAAUGUCAUUAGAGGAGAAGUGGAGCCAUUAAAGGAGCCAGGGUAUGUUGAAGAUAUUUCAGAGAGCCUGUUGAGAACCGAUGAUGCCUGUUCAAAUGGGAGCAUAAGCUCUUCUGUGGCUACGGAGCACGAAGCUAUCUGGCCAGAAGACAUUAAUGAGUCCAAGAUCGAUGAAUUUUCUCCCAAUGUUGCAGAUAAACUUCUGGAGGAGAUUAACGAGGUCAAAAGUGACGAAAUCGAUGGAGCUCCUCCAGAUGUUGCAGAUAAAUUUCCAGAGAAGAGUAACGAGUCCAAGAUUGAAGAAAUUAAUGGUGUUCCUCCGCAUCUUGUAGAUAAACUUUCAGAGGAGAUUAACAAGGCCAAGGUCGAAGAAGAAAUCCAUGGAGACUUUCCCCGUGUUACAGAAAAAUUUUCUUAUGAAAUCGAGCUAAAAACAAAGGAUUUCGGGCGAACUUAUUCCGACUCUCUGGUUGAAGGGGAGGAGAUCAAAGAAAAUGCUGGAGACAAGGUGAAGAAUCCCCUUUUGAACGAGGAGAAAGAGACGGAGGAAAAAGAAAUCGUUGAGUUGGAGGAGAAAGGAACCGCCGUGAGAGAGGAAAGCGAACUCAUUCACAGAGAAGAAAGAGAUAUCAUCGUGGAUAGAGAGGAGACGGAACAAGACGCUGAAAAAUUACAGUUUGUUAACAAGGCAAAAAAUGGAGAAAGGGCUGGUUUUAUCAUGGAGAUGAAGAGUUAUUUGAAGGAGGAGGGGGUUUGGCAAUGGAAUUUGGCAACGAUUGUAUGGGCUUGGGUUUUGGUGGCGGCUGUGGUGUUGGCCAUUUCCCUUCUUAAAAGGAGGAAUACGGGUUAUGGGAUUUCAGUUUAGAACCUCAUUUCCUUUUCUCCUAAAGCGGAUUUAGAUUUUGAAUUUUGUUCUUUUUCGUAAUUCAGUGGGAUGAUGACGAGCCCCACCCCACCUACCCGCUUUAUAAAUCUAAAUCAUUAUGAUAGCACA